AUGUCCCUGGCAAACGAUAUGAGCAUGGCUGAUCAAGACAUAGUGAAUGUCUAUGGCGGUGGGUACAAUGCUUGGGAUGUCACGGAAAACGAUUUCAUGAAGUUUCAAAAAGUCUCGUACGCAACCACGCUGAUUUAUGUUCCGAUGGUCUUCGUUAUCAAGAUCACCCUCUUAGCAGUCAUGGCGAGGGUUUUUGCUCCCCACCACCGGAAGGUUGAAGUUAUAUACAUCAGCCUUUUCAUCAUGCUUUUUUACUAUGUCCCAGCACUGUUCAUCAAGAUAUUCUUCUGUGACCCUAUCUCUGCAUACUGGCUUGGUACUUCCAAUGGUGGCAGGUGUCUCGACCAACGGAAGGUAAUUAUUGCCGACUCAGUCAUCAGCAUCGCCACCGACUUGUGGAUUCUAGUAUUGCCAGUCCCAUUAAUGUGGCCACUUCAUAUGACAACGUCGAAGAAAAUGCGAGUCAUGGGAAUACUUGGUGCUGGGGGACUUGCCACGGGUUUCAGUAUUUGGCGACUGCUGAUCAUGGUGGUGGAAAGCAAGACCACAAACACGACGUGGUUCUGGAUCCACUGUCAACGCAGAAGCCGGAAUCGGGCUAAUCUGUGCCUGUCUACCUGCAAUGAACCAUUCUUUCAGCUCCGUGAAAAACAUGAGAAGCAACAGCGCCUAUAA